CGCAUUGUUGCUUUUUCAGCACUUUCCCGCGCCGCCUACGUCAUUUCCGCCCGCUGAGGGAGGAGGACAGAGGAACGGAAAAUGGCGGACGGCGUUGAUCACAUCGAUAUUUACGCAGAUGUAGAAGAGGAGUUCAGUCAGGAAACAGAUUAUUCCGUUCAUGAGCAGAUUGACUUGUACGAUGAGGUCAUCUCCCCCUCGGCCAAUAACGGCGAUGCACCUGAGGACAGAGAUUACCUGGACAACCUGCCUGCACCUGGAGGUACAGAGGGGAAUAAAGGAGCUCCACCCAACGUUGUGUACACGUAUACUGGCAAGCGCAUCGCUCUGUACAUCGGCAACCUCACCUGGUGGACUACAGAUGAAGAUCUGACAGAAGCCAUUCGCUCCAUCGGCAUCAACGACGUGCUGGAAAUCAAGUUCUUUGAGAACCGAGCUAACGGACAGUCCAAAGGGUUUGCGCUGGUGUGUGUAGGAUCAGAAGCCUCUUCCAGAAAGUUAUUGGACUUGCUGUCAAAGAGAGAGCUGCAUGGCCAAAACCCGAUCGUCACACCAUGCAACAAACAGUCACUCAGUCAGUUCGAGCUACAGUCACGUAAGAGCACCCAGUCAGGCCAGAUGUCAGGGGAAGGGAAGGCUGGACCUCCAGGUGUUGGUCCCCGUAGUGGUUUUCCCCUAGGUAGGGGUCGCGGGCGCUUUCCAGGUCCUGCAGGGCCAGGAGGAGAUCGCUUUCCUGGACCUGUUGGACCUGGAGCGCCGCCUCCACACUUCCCUGGUAUGACACUUUACUGUAACUUCUGUAUUACAGUUUUGUUAGUUCUGUGCAUAUUAAUGACAUUAUUAAUAUAUUGUCCAUCGUGUUCUUUUGUGAUUUUUUUUUCAGGUGGUAUACAGAGUCCUCCCCGCCCUCCUCCAGGUCCCCCUGGUCCUCCAGGACCUCCUGGACCCCCACCUCCUGGUCAAGGUUUAGCUCCACCCCUUUCAGGCCCUCCUAAUAGGGGGGACCGCCCACCUCCUCCUGUAUUGUUUCCUGGUCAGUUUGGCCAACCUCCGCUUGGCCCAUUACCUCCUGGCCCACCACCUCCGGGUUAUGGCCCGCCUCCUGGUCCUCCCCCUCCACAGCAAGGUCCACCCCCUCCUGGCCCAUUCCCACCUCGUCCCCCUGGUCCUAUUGGACCCCCCCUGGCCCUAGCGCCACCCCCUCACAUGCGUGGCCCCCCUCCAGGAGGCCCACCACCUGCCCCCCACGUCAACCCUGCCUUCUUCCCACCACCUGGUAACAACAACAUGGCAGCGCCAGAUAGAGCCCCUCCCCCCAAUGACCCUUAUGGACGACCUCCACCUUAUGACCGGGAUUACGGCCCGGGCAGGGAGAUGGAUGCGGCACGUGCCCCUCUGAGUGAGGCUGAAUUUGAGGAGAUAAUGAACAGAAACAGAGCUAUCUCCAGCAGUGCUAUAUCCAGAGCAGUGUCCGAUGCAAGUGCAGGAGAUUACGGCAGUGCUAUUGAGACGCUGGUCACUGCAAUUUCAUUAAUAAAGCAGUCAAAAGUUUCUGCUGAUGAUCGCUGCAAAGUGUUAAUCAGCUCUCUGCAGGACUGCCUGCACGGCAUCGAGUCCAAGUCCUACGGUUCUGCCUCCAGACGAGAGCGAUCACGGGACCGGGACCACAGUCGCUCUCGUGAGAAAAGUCGCCGUCACAAAUCACGUAGCCGUGAUCGUCACGAAGAUUACUACCGAGAACGGAGCCGUGAGCGAGAUCGCCACCGCGAGAGGGACCGCGACCGUGAGAGAGACCGUGACCGCGAGAGGGAAUACCGUCACCGCUAGGACAGAAAGCUGAAUGGAAGAAAACGACAAGGAGGAGGAGGAAGAAGCGACCUGAGCACUUCUCACUCGUCCAUCAGCGCUCUUCAUCCCAUCAUCACUAUGGCGACUGGACUGCUCCAGUACAGAUCUGUUUAAAACGUACACAUACUUACUCACUCUUAAUUCCCAGCUGCUUAUUUUUUUUAUUUUUUACAUUUUAUUUGAUCUGCGUAUUCAGGAAAAGUAAGUUCAGCUUUUUUGGCGUUAAAGGUAACUUUUGUCUGCUUGGUCCUUCGACACAAACGUAAGCAUUUUGACGCCCGUAACGUGUAAAUUGUUGUUUUUAUAGGGAACUUUUGUUUUCAUCUCCCUCUUCCCCUUAUUUCCCUUCUGUUUGUCUCAUCGUUGUCUGUGAAUGUCUCUGCCUUGAUUUAUUAAAUAGACUGUGUUGUAAUAAAGUGUUUCUGGGGUUCCCA